AUGAAAAAAGAGUUUAAGGAAUACAAUGAGAAGAACUUCCGGAACAUUCAAUUUAUUUACGAUUUCCUGGAUAAAACUGGAAUGAAAAAUAGUGUGGAGGCGUUGAAGAACGAAAGCAAAAUAAAUUACGUAAAGGAGUAUGACAAGUAUUUUUUGGAGAACGGCAGCAAGUAUGACGCCGAAGAGGAUACCAACACUCCAGAUGAGGAAGUAGAGGACAAUUCAAGCAAUGUUCCAAGUGAUAACCGAAGUGAUAGCCCCAGUGAUAAUUUGAGCGACGACUUAGAAAUCGAUCGCGACUUUUUCUUCCACACGAUUGAAAAAAUGAAAAAUACAGUUUUAUGUAAAGCUAUAGACAACUUUGAAAGCGCAUUAAAAAGUAGUAGCAAAAGUAGUAAGAAUGUUAGGCAAAAGGAGAAAGAAAAAACGGACAGUACACAAAAGGGAAACAAUUUCCAAAACGGGGAUAACUUUCCCGGCUAUAUAAGUAGUUUCACAGCACCUUCACGUGAUAACCGUGUUGGGAUGAAAAAAGAGCAUAACGCAUGUAGUCAGGAUAGCAUGCAAAAUGACCGUACAAAUCGGGAUGAACAUGUAGACAUUUCUGAAAAAAUAGAAGAUGAGUCCAAAAGCGACAUGGACAACGAUAGCAGCAAAGCUAAACAUGGAUGCAUACUAAAAAAUGUGGCCGAAAAUGUGAAGGACAUAUCUUCCGUAUCGAGAAACCAUUUGAAGUUUCCCCUAUCAGUAAAUGGGAAGUUACGAUCAGGGGUAAGCAGCAAACGUGACUUAACUCUUAAUGGAAAACCGAGCGGUGAAGUGGAUGAAAACGCGCCCCAAGGUGAGGCGAAGUUGGGCCAAGAAAAAAGCAGCAUUGAUAAUUUCCCCUACAAGUAUGAAAGUGCUGAAGGUGCAUGCUGGUCCAGCGAGAAGGGAAAAAGUAGCUGCUUAAGUGGCAAAAAGAGCAAGAGUCUCAGUGGGGAAUGCGCCAAAGCGGUAAAUAACAAGGCGGCAAGUAGUAACACAGGAACGGAUAACCAUAACGCAAAGGAUGUGCACAACUGGGACAGCUUCUUCACAUACGAACGGGAAAUCUGCAGAGAGUUAAAAGUAAAAUACAGCGGUGGCCCAAAAGGCAAAAACGAAAACAACAACGGGGAUGAUAACUACAUCGGAUCGACGUCCAACAUUUUAGUUGUAAAAUAUAUCGACAUUUAUAACCUGGAGACGUGCCAAAAUAUGAGAUUCGAAAAUAUCAUUUUUUUCAAAAAUUUUUUCCCAAUCUUGCUGCUGGUAGGGUACGCAGAUGGCAACGUGAAGCUUCUUUUAAUACUCUACGAGAAAAGCGACAAUGAAAAUAACUCAGAGGAAUGCAUUCAUAUAGUCAAGGAGUUGGACCAUAUGUUCCUCAGCUCACCGAUAAUGUAUAUCGAUAUUAACUACAAGGACAAUAUAUUUAUCGUGUCCACAAUGAAUGGAGAUAUAUUUAUAUGCAAAAUAAAUAUGAAAAAUCUCUCCCUUUUAACAGAAAAUGUUGAAUUAAAUCACUCAAUUGAUGAUAUAAAAAAUCAUGUAAAAACGGGCGAAAGGUAUAUUAGCAUUAUAAGAAAUUUAACGUAUCAUAAUAAGUACUCCGUCAAGUGUGUAUUUAAUGAGGAUUAUUCACUUUUCUGUUCCAUAGCAAAUGAUAAGAAUUUAAUUAUUUACGAAAAAAUUACAAGUGAAAGUGAUAUGUCUGUAAUUUAUGAAAAAAAAAAAGUUAUAGGAUUGCCUGAAAUACCAACAAGUGUUGUCUGGGUCAAAGAAAAUAACAACAAAGAAAUGAUAAUUACCAGCAUGCUAAGCAGCAAUCACAUCCUUUGUAUAAACAGCAAGACGUACAACGUAGUGGGUAAAAUUUACCUAUUUAACGAAACAGACAAAUAUAAUAUCCUCAAUUUGGAAUAUAAUAAAAAUAAAAACAUUCUUGUGAUAUGCUCAGACACGUCCAUCAUUUUUGUCUACUCCUUUGUUAGCAAAACAAUUAUUAGAAAAAUUUACGGAUGUGUUUUAAAUUCCCUUUCCUUUCCAACAAUGGAGGUAGACAUAAACGGAAAUAACAUUUACAUCACGUCAGACGAUAAAGCGAAUGGUACCCACAUUUUAAUUUUUGACAUAAAAAGCGGAAAUAUUAUCGACGCUAUAAAUAAUGGCUAUAAAAUCAGAUGCUUUCAAUUGCUAAAAAGUUACAUUUGCCCAUUCUCCAGUGAAACCAAUUCGAAUAACAUUGAGGAAAAUAAAAAAUCGUUGCUUAUCUUGGGGUCCUUUGACAAGAAAAUACAUUUUUACACUAACUGA